UACUAUACUUACCUAUUGAGAUAUCAUUAUUAACUUGUCUAUAAGAUGCUUGACCAAAUGACCAUUCUCCACAAUCCAAAAGAUGGUACAAAAUCACAAAGGAAUAGAGAUCACAAAGGUUGAUCAAAAUGAAGCAAGAGACACUUAUAAAAUUUCAUACAUAAUUCAUUUCUUGCUUGGUUCUGGCAAUUUGUUACCUUGGAAUGCUUUGAUCACUGCCAUUGAUUACUUUGGUUAUCUUUAUCCAACCAAACAUGUUGAGAAAGUAUUCUCUGUUGCUUACAUGACUUCAUCUCUAUUGAUUCUUGUUUUGAUGUUAAGUUGGAGUAAAUGGAACCAAACAAUGAGUCUUAGAUUGAGAUUAAAUAUUGGUUUUUCUAUGUUUGUUCUUUGUUUAAUGGUAACACCAAUUGUUGAUUGGAUUAAUUGGGAUCAAAAUGGAACAAAAGUGAAGUCAAAUGCAACAUAUUGUGUUGUGGUUGUAUCUGUUGUUAUUUGUGGUUUGGCUGAUGGUUUAAUUGGUGGAAGUUUGAUUGGUUCUGCUGGUAAACUUCCUAAACAAUACAUGCAAGCAAUUUUUGCUGGAACUGCUUCUUCAGGUGUAUUAAUUUCCAUAUUAAGGAUUAUAACCAAAGUAUCACUUCCACAUACUCCACAAGGUCUAAAGACAAGUGCUCAUUUCUACUUCAUAAUUAGCACAACAAUUUUGAUAGUGUGCAUUAUAUGUUGCAACUUGUUGUAUAAGUUGCCAAUCAUGCAGCAACAUUACACACAUCUUGUUCAAGAUCUCUUGCCAUGUUCGAGUCAUAAACUCCGCGAUGUGGCAAGAACUAUAAAGCGUCCUGCAUUUGGAAUAUUCGCGAUUUACACUGUGACAUUGUCUAUUUUCCCAGGGUUCUUAGCAGAGAAUCUUGAAUCGAGUUUGCUUAAAGAUUGGUACCCCAUUAUACUGAUCACAAUUUACAACGUAUCGGAUUUCGUUGGGAAAUCUCUCACUGCAAUGUAUGUUGUAAAGAGCAGUGGCAAGGCUACAUGGGGUUGUGUUGCUAGGGUAUUGUUCUAUCCUCUGUUUACAGCUUGUUUACAUGGUCCUAAGUGGCUAAAAUGUGAGGUGUCAAUUGUUUUUUUAACGACGAUGCUCGGUCUGACCAACGGGUACUUGACAAGUGUCAUUAUGAUUCUUGUUCCUAAGUCUGUCCCAAGUUCUGAAGCUGAAAUUGCUGCAAUUGUUUUGGCUGUUUCAUUAGGGUUGGGGUUAGUGGCUGGUUCUGUUCUUGGUUGGUUUUGGAUUAUUUGAAAUGCUAUUAUUUAGGGAAAUUAUUAGUAGUUAGAAUUCAUAAAUAUUGUGUUGUAAUCAAUGUAUUUAUGUCAUUAUGGGGAAAACAAUGUUGCAAUAUGAAUUGUGUUUAUCAAAGAAAAGAAAAUCUUUGGCCCGCGA